AUAUAUAUGUAUAUGUGUAUAUGCGGGCGUAUAGAUCCUGAGAGGUAUAUAUCUACAGUUUUCAUCUCUGGCUCGUGUUGUUUUGUGUAUAUCACGAGGAAAGGCCAAAAAUCGAGAAGAAAACUUGAGAGCCAUCACUGAAUCUUUCUUAGACCAGUGAAGGAAAGAUAGAAAGAUAGAUAUUUGUCAAAUCAAAUCUGGAUAUAGAGAUAAGUUAGGGUUUGUAGGAGUUGGAGAGGGAAAUUAGGGUUUCGUGUUUCUCAAUAGGUUGAUGGAGAUGGUGAGGGAAGCGAAUUCAAGGGGGAGAUGAUUUUGAGACCUGAAUCAUUGGCAAGGCUGGAUAGAAAUCUGUUUGGCAAGUCAGGAAAUUUAAUUUAAUUGAAGAUGGCUGAUAGAAGAGUUGGUAAGCGCCAAAUGGGUCAGAGAGGUUUUUCAAAAGUGGAGUCUGGAACUUGUAAUGUUUGUUCUGCUCCUUGUUCAUCAUGCAUGCACCGUAAUGUUGGUUUCACAGGAUCAAAGUUGGACGAGUCAUCAGAUGAAAACUGUCAUGGAGUAGUGGGCAGCCAGUGUUCUGUAAACGAGGAUGAUCUUUUGCCUUCUUCUAUGGUUAAUGCUCACAAGAGUUUAAAUAACACUGCUAGUGAAGCAAGCAAUCUUGUCAAUUCCAGUCAUGAUGCUCUCUCUGAGAAUGCUGAGAGUAAGGAAACUAUAAGAUGUUCUGGGAUAUCAGAUGAUUCCGGAGCUGCUGCAAUGACUUCUAAGCCAUCUCUUUCUGGGAGCAGGAUGAAACAUAAAGUUUCUGCAUCAGCUAAUAUGUUAGAUCAGAGCUCUAACUGUAUAGAAGACCAGGAAGAUGGGAUCUUGUCUGCUGAUCGAGCCAAACAGUUGAAGUCAGGUUGUUCUAAUAACGAGAUUGGCAAUAAGGAUUUAGCUGAUGGUUCAGCUCUCAAUUCUGAUCCAAUUCCGGGUGGAUCUAGGAAAGAUGAAGUGAAAUUAGAAUCUUUGCAGAAUCCAUCAUCCAACCAUGAUGACAGAGUCAGUUCUGAGAAGGGAAAUUUCAAGGAAAAAUCAAGACCCGGGGGUAACAAAGAGAGACAGGAACCUUCAGUUGAAGGAUCUACGCGUUCAGGAGAGAACAGGAAGGAUGGUAAGUCAAGUAAGAGCUCUUCGUCCAACUCAUCAGCUGUGUCUGAGAGCGAGAGUGAUGAUUCUGAAAUGGUCGAACAUGAUGUAAAGGUUUGUGAUAUCUGUGGAGAUGCUGGUCGUGAAGAUUUACUCGCUAUCUGUAGCGGAUGCAGUGAUGGGGCAGAACACACCUAUUGCAUGCGGGAAAUGCUGGAUGAAGUUCCUGAGGGUGAUUGGCUAUGUGAAGAAUGUGCUGAGGAAGCUGAAAAGCAGAAGCAAGAAGCUAAGAGAAAAAGAGAAACUGAGGUAACCUUCAAUACUUAUAGCUCUGGCAAAAGGCACGCAGAUAAAAUUGAGGCCGCUCCAGAUGCUAAAAGACAGGUGGUUGAGGCUUCAACUGGCUCACCCAAGAAAUCCAUUCUCCCCAGAGUAGGUGCGUUAUCUCGGGAAACAUCAUUCAAGGGCUUAGACAGGUUAAGGGGAAAGCUAAAUCAUCAAACAUCAUUCAGUGAUGACACAGAAAGUGCACGAUCUGCUGGUUCACAGCUCCAACCUCCAAAAGGUGCAUUUUUGAAAUCCAGUUCCUUUAAUUGUUCGAGCUCGAAACCGAAAGUGCAACUUAUGGAUGAUGCUAUUCACCCAAGACAGAAGACUGGCAAAGAAGAUACUGCACUUGAUUUAAAAGUGGGGGGUUUUAGAAAUGUAGGCAAGUCAAUGCCAAGUAGAACUACAGAUGCAGGGAAUUCUGGUGGAAGCGACUCACAAGCAAAAAUGCUUGGAUCAAAAGUUUAUCAUUCACAAGAAGGCAAAAGCUUAAAGCAAGUGAAAGAUCGUAAUAGAGAAGCUAAUGCAUCAGCAUCCUCCAUUGAUCAGAAGUUAAAGUCACGCGGCAAUUCGUCUGUUUCACAUGCAAACAAUAAUCGUGAUUUAAAGGGUUUGCAGUCUGAUGGUAAACGAGGUAACUUGACGAAACAAGUCAGCAAUCUAAGCCGAAACCGUCUAGAAAAUUCAGUUGUUUCGGGAGGAGAUAUUUCCACAAAUGAAAAGUGCAGUGCCAGCGAGCAAAGUUCAAGUCAAGCUGACUGUAAGGAUGAACUGCCAUCCACUUCUUGUACGGGUGAAGGCAUGCCAAACCACGGUACUGUAGCUUUACAGGAUGGAUUGCCGCGGUCCAGGGUACCUAGAGAGGUAGGGAAGAAAAGCAAAGAAGCCUUCAGUAAACGCCAAAGGUCUAGCCUGUUGGCUGGUGCAAAAGGCUUACCAUCAUCUCAAAAGGGAGGUCAGACUGCAGAAUCCAGCGACACCUCAGGCGUGUCUGAUAGUGAUCUCUCUACCACGAAAAACGUUAAGGAGGAUUUAAAUAAGGGUAAUAGGUUACGAGCAGCAGUAGAUGCUGCUCUGCGUAAAAAGCCCAGCUUUGGCAAGAACAGAGUAUUGGAGCAAUCUGAUGCGUCAUUGGUAGCUAAUGUGGAUUCUAGUUCUGAAAAGACUCUACGAAAUCAAUUGCCUUCAAAGAUGCAUAAGAAUCAUGUGUCACACGAAGGAUUGCAAGGAGGGCAUCCGAUUUUAUGGCCUACUUCUGAUCCGUACAAGCAGACAAUUGUAACAAAUGAGAAGCAGCUUAUAUUCCCUGGUGCUGAUACUAUACCUUCACGAUUGGUGGAACCUGAAGUCAGUUUUCCCGCCGUAAAGCCUGUCAUGAGAGAUUUGCCUUUAGUUCCCUCACCUGUUAUGUUGAGAAGCUCAGCCAUUCCGGACCAUGAGUUUAUAUGGCAGGGGGACUUAGAGGUGCGGAAAAUCAUAAACCAGUCAGCUAUGCAUAGCGGAAUUCAAGCACAUUUAUCAACCUUAGCAUCACCCAGGGUUGCUGAAGUGGUGAAUAAAUUUCCAGAAACUUUCAGUUUGAAUGAAGUACCUCGGAAGAGUACAUGGCCUACACAAUUUGAAAAAUUAGGUACUAAGGAAGCCCAUAUAGCUCUAUUCUUCUUUGCAAAGGACACUGAGAGUUAUGAGAGAAAUUAUAAGCCUCUGGUAGAUAACAUGAUCAAGAACGAUUUAGCCCUGAAAGGAAAUCUCGAUAACGUUGACCUUUUGAUUUUUGCAUCCAACCAGCUUCCUUCGAAUUGCCAGCGCUGGAACAUGUUAUAUUUCCUUUGGGGUGUCUUCCAAGGAAGAAAAGAGACUAACCCACAAAAGAACACAUCUUUGCCUACUUCAAAUGUUUUGCCGCGUGACAGAGACCCCAAGGAGCUGUGUCAAACGAGUUCUCCUUCCAAGCAUUUGGAGAAAGGGUCUUCUCUACGUGAGAGCUCCAGCAACGGAAUUGAAACACGGAAUGGGACAGAUGCACGUAGUCAUGAGAAUCCAAAUAACAGGGAAUCCUCUAUUGAGCGAUCACCGAGCAAAAAGGAGGAUAUUGCUCUUAAAGUGGAAGAAGCAGGUGUGAAUCACAUCCCCCCUCAAGUUACUGGAUCAAAUUCUGGAGAUAGUCUAGUGAGGAAGGUUCAGAAAGUCGAGGAACAAGAAUUAGGUGGUAGGAAGGAUCUGCCAUUGACGGUCAUGGGCUCAGGGAUCCAGUCCCAUGGGCAAGAUAAUCCUCUAGAGAAAGAUCUCAACAGUAGUCAGGCUAGUCACAGGAAGCGUCCACUUUGGGAACUGAGUAACCCCGCUAACGAGAAUUCAUCUGCCAUAAACCAGAAAGUGGAGCUCAAUAAUGACGGUUUAUGCGAAGGAUCUCCGAAUAAGAAGCUGAAGACAGAAAACGGAAGCAGCAGCCUCUGCCGGGAUACAUCUGGUCACGAUUCCGGGAUAAUGAAAAAGAGUCCAAAAGUCGUGUUCCCAUUGGACUUGAAUGACGACAGUGAAAUGGUGGAUAAUCUCAGCCCACUAGGCAAUGACGAGAAUAACAACAAUAGACGUUUAAUAAGCGGUACAGUCCCGAAUCUGGAGCUGGCAUUAGGAGCUGAGGAAACAACAGAAGCAACAAUGGGACUAUUACCUUUCUUAAGCAGAAGUAGCAACUCUGGUGAACAAAGUAAUAAUAGUAUGAAUAAAGAAAAACAGAAAGCAGAUGAAGAAGAAGAAGAUGACGCCGAAGUGGCAGCUUCUCUGUCGUUAUCACUCUCAUUUCCGGGAACUGAGGAGAGGAAGAAUGUGAAUACUCCGUUGUUCCUGUUCAGAGACCUUCCCAGAUAAAAAGUUAAGUUAUUAUCGCAAGUUUUUUCUUUAAAAUAUAUUUUGAGUGUCUUUAGUUGUCUUAUGGUUGGUGAAGACUCCAACGAGAUAAAAUCACAGGUUUUGUAUAUAAAAAUGGUGAUGGGAUUAAAAAAAGAAGAAAGGAUACCGAAUGUUUUUAAAAUAAUAACUGGUUUGAUAUAUGAUAUCUAUAGAAGAACAAAAGAGUGAUCUGAUUUCAUCUGUCUCCACUUCUCUAUAGUUGAUUACAAUCUGGUUAACAUGUGAUAUUAUUUGAAGAAAUUUGUUCAUCCAAGUAGUAAUCAA